AUGGCAAAUGUAAAUGGAGUCAUGACGAUACUCCCUCCUCCCGAGGGAUAUGUGGUCGACUUUGACAACCCUCAAAGGAGGUUGACUACGGAGGCAUAUGCACUCUUCAUCGUUGAGAACAUUUUAGCAUUCAUUUUCCUCGCCCAACGACUUUUCACAAAGAUUCGUCUGAUGAAACAGUUCCAGAUUGAUGAUGUGUUUGUCAUUCUCGCGUGGAUGUUUUCAGUCGCAACACAAGCCUUGUUGAUUCAAGGCUUCGCUUCGGGAGUUAUUGGCGUACAUGCUUGGGAAAUUUCGAUCGAUCAGUACGGCUAUUACUCAAGACUGAUUCUUGCCGCCCCCCUGGUUUACGCCCCUUGCUGUGCCCUGACCAAAAUCACAUUGUGCAUUUUCUACAGUCGUUUAUCGCCAGUUCGAGGCUACCAGAUCGCGGUCUGGUCAACCGUAUUCAUAUGCGCUGGCGCAUAUACAGCUAUCUUCUUCAGUCUGAUAUUUGCAUGCAAACCGAUAGCGGCUAGCUGGGAUCCACUGUUGCUUCCGAUAGCAGUCUGCACCAACCGAGGAGGAAUCUAUAUCGCAACCGCUGUCAUUGGUAUCGUCACUGAUGUGAUACUAAUCGCCAUCCCAAUCCCAACCAUCUGGCGCCUACAAAUGCCCAGGAAGCAGAAGAUUGGCCUGACCAUCAUCUUCGGUAUUGGAUCAAUAACUAUGGUCACUUCAAUCAUCCGCUUGGUUGUCCUGAUACCAGCAUUGACGGAUCCUGAUCAAACAUGGAUAAUUGCCGUGGGCUGUGUGUGGAUCAUCGUCGAGGCGAACCUCUUCAUCAUCUGCUGUUCCCUGCCCACCCUGCGACGAUUCUUCAGACACGUUGCACCGCACCUGAUCGGCGAGAGCUCUCGCGGAUCUUCAGGAAAAGGUUCAUCCGGCCAAAACCGCGCGUUACACUCAUGGAAGAGCUCCAGGAGCGGCCCGAAGCGCCAGUACGAUACCCUUAUGAACACCGUUGAUGGCGGCGGCGACAAACACGAUGACGAGAUCCCCCUUUCUGGUGUCACGGCCAAAGAGUCCACGCAAACGCGAGAAUCCAAGGCACAAGUCGGGUCACGCCCAUGCAAGGACAGCGACAGCGAAGAAGCCAUAUUGUACGAGCGGACUGUUGAAGUCACUUACGAAGGCCUCCCCGUCCCCAAUCCACCCAAUCCUCGUGACAACAAGGCUUGGACAGGUGGUCGCGGCCGAGUGUCAGAAGUUUGA